UUAAAUUAAAUUAAAUUAAAUUUUCUGUUUAUUGCCAAGUGGCACUUCUUCACACACUGAAGUAUUUUCCUCUGAGCCAAAUAAAGUAUUUCAACAUACCGCCAUGUACCGUUUAAUUGUUUACUUUAUGCCUUGCUAAAGACCGGCAGGAGUAGGAGCUGACAUUCCUCAUUAUCCGUGAGGGAAAUUCACACUUUGUUGGUAACAUUGUGAAUUCCUUGACCCGGGAAAAAUCAGGUUCCCAGUUAGUCUCUACAGGUCGGACUGCAAGACUGAAAUAACCUCUUUUCCCUCUGUUGUUUUGGGUUUUUUUCUUUUUAUAUGUUUAGUAUUUUCCAAGUGUUGGUAGGAGUAUUCUUUUAUUUACUGUUUUCCAGAUCCCUUUCAAAAUAUUUUAAGAAACAUAGUUAUAUUGAGAACCAAAAUUCUAUUCAGCAUGGUAAAUGUUUCAAGGCAAAUGAAACCAGUUCAGGUUUCGUUCCAGAGGAGUUUCAUCCUGGUUUCUGCAUGAAUGUUCCGGGUUUAUUCCCCUUUGCAUCCUUCCUGAGAGGGGUGCAAACACCCUCGUGGGCUGGGUGGGCUCUGAGGAGGCAGCAGCUCUCUCUGCCCAGCCUUCCCUUGCUGCAGGCAGCGAGAAAAAAGAACUCUCUGAAUCUCCUGGAGCUGAGCGAGGCCGAGCUGGAGGAACAGUUUGUAAGAGGUGAUGGCCCAGGAGGCCAAGCCACAAAUAAGACAAACAACUGUGUUGUCCUGAAGCAUGUUCCAUCUGGGAUUGUAGUGAAGUGUCAUCAGACAAGAUCAGUGGAGAAGAACCGAAAGAUUGCCAGAGAAAUCCUGCAGGAAAAAGUUGACCUUUUCUACAAAGGUGAAGACAGUGAUGUUUUUAAAGAGAAGAAAACAUCAGAGAAGCAAAAGCAGGAGAAAAAAAGAAGAGCAAAGGAAAACCUAGAAAGGAAAAAGCUUUUUAAAGAGAUGCAACAAUUGGAUAAGGAAUAAACAUGUGAAAUAUUGCCUUGCCCCAGCAGGGAACAAAUGCAGCUGUGUUUCCUUUGUCACCAUUCCUCUGAAGCCACUCCUGAAGUACAUUUUUCCUGGUUUUAUCCUGUUAGCAAUUCCAGCAGCUUAACCAGAACUUCUCUUUCAUUUCUGGACAGCACCCUCACC